AUGCGGAUGAUAAAGCUAAUCCCAGGCGAGUGGUACUGGGAAGAUGAUACUAACACACUUGAAUUUGCGAGCUCCAAUCCAGAAGCUAAGGAACACUUUAAGAAAGGAAAAAAUAUUCACUUUCAGGAAAUGGGAGGCAAUGCAUUAAACAGCAUCUUUCAAGAUGUGUGCACUGCCAUGUUGGCUGGAAGAAGGCUGGCUGAACAAGAGGGAAAAUUUCGUAGGCUGUCAAAGCGAGUACAACAUGAAUAUGUGACGUUGGAUGAUGUCAAACAUGCUGCUUUGUUUUUGGGACAAGAAAGUGAGGCACAUCGCAUGCUAUCAUUUACAACAGUCAUGAGGAAUAAGAAACUAGAUGCGUUCCUCAUGGCCCUGAUUUUCUACUUAUCUUUUUACUUGGAAAAAAUUGCCCUGGAAAAGACAUCCAAAACUCCAGUUUCAUGUUGUUUUCUUUCUAAUUUAAACAGGACCAUCGUUUUCUUAGAGGAGAAAGAACUGGACGAUGUCCUGGCAAAGUUAGAAGCGGCCAGGAUUCGCCUUGCCAAGCUGUACUGUAAUCUUAUCCUUGGAGAAGGCAUGGUGGAGCACCAUCACAUGUCUUGUGGAAAGAGAAAAACAUCGUCAUCGCAGAAAGAUCGGGACUUCUUUGAGAGCUUCUACAGCUACUGUAGCUACGUGGCUUGGCUUGCAUUCAGACGGAAGCACUUCUGAGUGAUUCAGGAAGAAGUCAGCAGGCUUCUUCGCUCUGACAUAUUUAAUCCUACCUUAAGAGAGAAGAAAGAUGAUGACUUGCAGAAAGUAGGAGACCAGACUGCUGAUGCAAAGAGAUUCCCAUGUCACAGGUACAUCUGUGCCAAGUGUCCAUCUAUAAAUACCGUGGCUCAGCAACGCUCACCAGUGCUCAGCACACUGCUGCCCUUACCAAAGCACAGCGCUCAGCACCUCUUUCAGAAGCAAUUUUACCGUUGGGGCAAGACCCCUCAGCCUUGCAUGAGUAAAGACUUGCCAGACUUCUCAGAAUUAUUCACUACCAGGGUGGGCAUUAUUGGAGCUCAUCGUAGUGAGUUAAAUCCCAUUAUGCUCAUGCCCCUUGGGAUGAUGGAGGAGGAAGAGGAAGAACAAGGGCAAAAAAGGAGUGGUUCCUCCAUCCCUUCAAAUGACCUGAGUUUGUCAACUCUGAGAAGCCCUCAAAGCAGACUUAGUACUCAGAGUAGUGUUGUCUGAAGAACAAUGACAGAAGUUGACUAUAAUCAGAGCAUCUAGAAGAACUGGUAUCUUGUGUUGAUUGCCAAAGUUUCACAUUGUUAAGUAAAUGACUUUGAACCUGCAGCUUAGAAAGCCUACAUCAUUUAUCAGAGGUGCGGUAGUCUAGCACACAUGGUUCUGGACUAGGUGACUGAAGACCUAGACUGUAAUUCCUGGUUCUGUCACAAGCCUACUCAGUGAUCUCUAGAUCAUUGUAUUCUCCCUCCUACUUAAUGCCUUGGUUGCACCAUUUCUAAAAUGAAGAUUAUUCUGCUGACUUAUUUUGUGAAUUACUUUGACACCUGCAGAUGAAUAUCAUUAUUGAUUAUAAUGUCAACCCUCUUUUUCUGAAGGGCUAGUAAAGCAAAACUGAUUUCCCAGGAGACGUGACUUACUAUAGUUUAAAAGUUACCAAAAUUGUGCUUUCAAAGGAAGUUCCUCUUGCAUCUUUAAUGAAUUGUUUACUCCUUUUUUGAUUUCCAUAGCCUAAUUUGUGAUACACUGUGAAAAGAAUAUAGCAAAGAAGAAUACUAUUAUUUAAAGAAUCAACCAAAUCUUCAUUUUAUUUUCUUUCUAAUGAUAUAAUUUGAUUUUUUUUCCCCCUCAUUGAUUUUUACAUGAUUAGGAAAGCAGAUCCUAGAAAUCCAAAAUUAAAAUACACAGUUGGGAUGUUAGUAUCUUGAACUGAAAUGAAUUUGUGAUGAGAAAUGGUAUGAGUUUACCUAUAAAGCUAUCCAGGUGUGCUAAUCAUUAGCAUCAGCAGGAAGACUUAGGAUGAAAUCCUGGCUUGUCAUAAUCAAUGAAAAAAUGAUGGACAAUGAAGCAGUGAAGGAAAAGCAGAGUAGCAGUAUUUUGAUCAUUGUUAAGAGGUGGAGUUUGAUGCCUUAAUGUUGGUUUGUAACUUUUUCAGCAAAAUGUAUUUAUGUUGGAUAAAAAUAAUACAACACAUUUCCCCUGCAAUUUGUGGUUCAGUUUUUAAAAGGAUGAAAUUUGUCAUCAAAAUUAUCAUGGGAACUUUACUCGUUCUGGGGUAACCAACAGUUUACAGGCUAGAUCACUUAGGUGAGAUGUCCCUGUGCUGCCUUAUUGAGACAGGCACUUGAACUGCAGGUUCACAGCUACUGUUCGGUCUCUUCACUUAGACUGACACAUGUUAUAUCAACACAUUAAUAUCAUUGUGGCCUAGGCUUGUUUUCCUUGUGUCAGGUGAGUGCUUUUACCAUUGAAUGAGGCUGUUGUGGCCUGCAGUUUCUGUCUUCAGCUUUUCAUUAGGCAUUUGUCUUUGUGCAGAGCAAAAAUACUUAAAUGUUUUGUGGGAUAGAAAAGACAUAGUCUUUCCCAAAUGAAAAAAAAUCAGAACAGUGUGCGAGACUGCUAUAUCUUCCUCAUGUACAUGGUCUGGAGUGUUACACUCUUUAUUCAAAACUAACAUUUCUGGAUCAUACAUUUGCAUUCAUUUUGGGAGGGCAGGUUAGUGAAAAGUUCAGACAGGCACAGGGAAAUGUUUUUCUCAUGAAAAGCAGGACAUCGCUGGAGUAAACAGGAGAGAUGCCAAAUGUCCAUGUCUCUUUCCCCUUAUCUCACAACCCAUUCAGAGUUUAAAGUUUGUUUGAUUUUGUUUGUUUCUUUGUUUGUUUUUUUGUAAUGACAAAUAAUAAAGGAUGGCAGCUUA